GAUGGAGACAAGUUCUGGAGGAUGCCGGAGUGCUACAUUCGGGGCAGCACGAUUAAAUACCUGCGGAUCCCCGACGAAAUCAUUGACAUGGUGAAAGAAGAGGUGGUGUCCAAGGGCAGAGGCCGCGGCGGGAUGCAACAGCAGAAGCAACAGAAGGGCCGCGGUGUCGGAGGUGCUGGGCGAGGUGUGUUUGGCGGCCGUGGCCGAGGUAUACCAGGCAGCGGAAGAGGCCAGCAGGAAAAAAAGCCGGGCAGACAAUCGGCGAAGCAGUGA